AUGGCGCUUGAUCCGGGAUCCGGCGCCAUUGCGGGCUCGCCUGAGAGUUCCGGCCGGGAUUCUCCCAUACCGCGUCAAUGGAGAAAUCAACUUGGAGGAGAGGAGACCCCGAGCAGGGACAAAGCUUAUCGCAGAUAUGCCGCUGGUGUCGAGAAGACACUUUCGCUAUUUGAAACCGCCCUUGAGGAGUGGGCAGACUACAUUUCCUUUUUGAACAAGCUGCUCAAGUCGCUUCAAGCUCGGCCACCAUCGAUUCACUCUAUUCCAACCAAGGCGCUCGUUGCCAAACGUCUUUCGCAAUGCCUCAAUCCCGCUCUGCCAUCGGGCGUACACCAAAAAGCCCUUGAGCUGUACAGCUAUAUAUUCACCACGAUAGGGACGGAUGGCCUGUCUCGGGACCUGCCCCUAUAUCUCCCGGGCCUUGCGCCUACACUGUCAUUCGCCUCGCUGUCUGUCCGAUCGCCGUACCUAGACCUCUUGGAAACCCACUUCCUUGACCUCGACCCCAGAUCGCUCCGGCCAGCCAUGAAAUCUAUUAUACUUGCCUUGCUUCCUGGACUGGAGGAGGAAACAAGUGAGGACUUUGAUAGAACAUUGCAUCUGGUGGCACGGUUCAAGGAAGCCAUACGGCCUCUGGAGAGUGUGAAGCUGGGAGCGCACCAUGCCUCUGGGGAUGAUUUCUUCUGGCAGUGUUUCUUCCUAGCGGCCAUAACUAGCCAUAGCCGCAGAUUUGGGGCUUUAGCUUAUCUUGUGCGCUAUUUACCUAAGCUUGGCCCGACUGCCUCCGCUGGAGCUGGGCAGGAAGAAAUCACGAAGAGCCUGCACGCUAUCGUAACGUCACCCGAGCCGGGCUUACUAGUACGAUGCUUCGCAAGCGGCUUAGGUGACGAGCAGCUGUUAAUUCAACGCGGCUUUCUCGAUCUUCUCGUAUCGCAUUUGCCUCUCAAUUCGGACGUCCUCCAGUCUCGGGUAAAGCCGGCGGAUCUAGAGCUGCUUGUGAAAGCAGCAGUUGGUGUAGUCAUCAGACGAGAUAUGAGCUUAAAUCGUCGCCUUUGGGCAUGGCUUUUAGGGCCUGAGCCGACCGGUCAAGAUGGCGACCACAAUGAGCAAAACCAAGCCUACCUGUCCUCGCGAACGACCUACUUCGAGGACUUUGGCCUGCAGCCUCUCACCAGAGCGCUUCUCCAAAUGAUUAAAGGUGCAUCUCGUGGUAACAGCGCUGAGCGAGCCCGUCCAUACAGGAUUUGUCUCUCUCUCAUGGACAGAUGGGAGAUUGGCGGCCUCGUAGUACCUGAAAUCUUUAUGCCGGUUGUUGAUAGUGUCCGGAAGUUCCAGGCCCAGGCCGCUAGCAAAUCCGAGUUCGACGAAGUUCUCCGUAGCGCCAGCGUUUUCUUCGAUGGUAUCGAAAGUGGUUUGAUUUACAGCGAGAUUGUCGGCUUAUUGGCCCAGGCAAUUGGACCAGGGAGUCUCAAUGCCAGUGAUCGCAUGGAUAAGCUCGCGUUGGUCAACUUUAUCGCGUCCAGCUUUAAUGUUCGUGAAGAGGAGAUGAUAACGAUUCACGCGCCGCUGACAUGUUUGGCGGCGUUGUUGAUGCUGGAAGACUCAAAGAACCGCAAGACCAAGACGGCUUUGACAGAUAUUGAGUUCGAGAAGUUGUGCGACCAAGUUCUCGGCGCCGUCGUUUCGCUAUUGGAACUUGUUCCUGAACGAGCAUUCCCUCAGAGACUCAAGGAAAAUGGAGAUCAAAAAGACAGAACAGCUUUGUUGUCGACGUCCAAUGUCGAGCUCCUGAAAAAGAUAAAGACGUUUUAUGUACAUGAACAGGGCAAUUUGGAGUCAUCACAACCCCCAUUUACUGCUGUAGAAUCAGGAGAGUUACUGUUGGAGAAGGCCGUCAUCUACAUUUGCGAUGACUCCAAGGACUCACCUGUGAACGACAUUGCAACUCGCGUGCGAAUCUUGACUCAGAUUCUUUCCAAGACACCUGGAAAUUACCACUUCGACGCCAAACAGCUUGUGUCAUAUCUGCACUGCAAGCUAAGCAAGUCACAACCCUUAUUGUUCUCUCAUUUCUCGGCCAUGGUUAUGUUGUCAACACAGCUGUAUUCCGCACGAAGGAUUCAAGACAAGGAGUUUUCUGACCUAGUAGGGCCAUUAGUUCGUCAUGCCUGGUCCUACUUAUCUGCUUCCGAACCCAAAUACCACGUCGAAACUGUGCGUUGCUUGUGGCAAUUGCAGACGGCGCUUACCCUGUCUGGUCGUGACAUUGAGGCCGCCAUUGCUGAAAUUCUGACCAAGCCAAUGGCAGGUCCUGAGAAGACGUUUCGUUCGGCUGAAAAUGGACGAACUUUUGGUGUAUUGUGGUCACAUAGUCUUCAAGAUGUGUCUUCUGAGCGUAGAGGCUCCAAAGGCCAGACACUGGAUCAGCGACAAAUACCACGUCUGUCUGGCACCGACCACUACCAGGUCAUGCUCACACAGCCCAUGUUUUUGGUCUUGGAUGCUCUUUUGGAUGAUAGGACACAAACGUACAUGGUUGUUAAAUCAUGGCUGAAUAGUAUGAUUGGAAUCGACAGGUUGUUUCUGAUAUUUGCGAUGAAGAUGGCACAGCUGCCAUUUCUCAACCAUGUUAUCACCCAUCGUGCAAGCGAGAAAGUCAACUCCCAGCCAACCACCUUCACAGAAGAUGAUGAUUUGGAUUUGUGUCUCUACUACUUACGAACGCUCCACAAUGUCCUCAAAAUUUCUGGUGAUAUGUCCAGAGCGGUAUUGGCAUCUAAAUACGUCUCUUUUAUUGACGGCUCGGCUCACAUCAGGGCUGGAGCAGAAGAAGACGAAAUGACACUUCAAGAUUUCUUCGUUCGGAACACACCCGAGUCGACAUUGAUCUACCUACUCAACGGGCUGGAACAAGUCCUAGCUCUGGCCCAUGAUCAGCUCCUGGCUGAAGAAGCCCGGACCCAGUUGAUAAAGGGGCCUGAGCAACCAUCAUCGCUAUUUGGAAGCAUGGUAUCUGGUGUUUUCCAGUCAGAAGGUCCCCAAUCGCGAAGUGCCACGGCCAAUGAUCGCCUUACUGUUCAUCUCGCCUUUCAAGAUGCGAUGCGCAUCUGUUACGCGAUAUGGUCUUGGGGUCAAGGCGAUGACUCCAGGAAACAGGAUCCUGGCUCCUCGGCGUCUUUUGGCUACACGUCCUUGCGUAUGAGGAACCGUGCUCGCAGAUUAAUGGAACACCUCUUUACCGCGGAGAUUUUGGAAUGUCUAGAGACCAUCACUGACAUCUGGCGAGCUUCUGGCAGCGACAUGGAGCGAACACAAAUCUUUAACUUUCUCUCAUCUCUUGAUGCAUGCCGACCGAGGCACUCCAUCCCCGCGCUGUUUAAUGCAAUUUAUAGCCGGACGAACCCUAACGCCUUGGAUCCAGCCCGGAAAUCCACACUAACAAUUUCCCUGCAAGAUUCCGAUCUUGUGGUGUUUCUUGUCGAAUAUAGCAGGUCUUUGGAAGAUGACGCCAUGGACGAGAUUUGGCAAGACUGCAUGACAUUUCUCAAGGACCUUCUCGGCAACCCAUUCCCGCAUCGCCAAACGCUGCCCAGUCUUCUUGAAUUCGCAGCUAUCCUCGGUGAAAAGGUGGACAAUACCAACUUUGGAGAGCAGAGACGGAUGCGGCGAGAGUUGGGAGAUAUCUUCCUGCGACUGCUAGCUGCUUUGUUCACAACUCGACCUUUAACGUUUACAGAGUCUGGUAGCCUCACCAACAUUACUGAAAAGUCCAAGGCAGACGGCUCACGAAGACAGGGGACGACAGGGGACGGGCCUGACGACGUCGUCUCAGUAUUGGCAUCUGUCGUACCAAACCUAUCCAAGAUCCUUCUUGAACCUGACCGGGUUCUUUCUGCUGCUGGCACCAUCUCGACCAAUGUUGUUGGGCCGACCUUGCGUUCCAAGUCAUUCCCAGAUACCGUAACGUCCAACACUUUGAGACUGUUUCACGAGCUGUCGAGACUGCAAAACAACCAAAAGACCUGGAAGAAGGAUGUUGGGGACUCAUUCAACGACAAUCGCUUCUUUGGGAUGAACCUGGACCUGGUCAAGGAUGGAUGGCUACCCUUGCUGAAGCAGUGGGUUCUUACGGACAAGGAGCGGAUGCCGGAAAUCGUAGCUCGCAUCAGUGCCCCAACUACGGCAGGCAUAGUAUUUGGGGUUGGCGCAACUUCAGCGAGACUAGAGGCGGACAGAAAGACACAGCUCAACCUGCGAAGAAUUGCAACGCUGGUUCUGGCCGCUGCGGACGAUGGCUUCGUUGCGGAACUGCCCACCAUCUUCGACAAACUGGUUGAAUUACUAUCAGCCACAUCAACCUCCUCUCCAUCAUCAACAACCCGAGCCGAUGUAUACAUGGUCAUCCGGGCGCUGGUCCUCAAAACCAGCCCGAUGCACCUCGCCAUGUCGUGGCCCGUCGUCAACGGCGAGAUCCACGCUGCCAUCUCAUCCGUCGUCGCGCCAGACCACAGCGCCGCAUCAGACAUGUAUCUCAACACGGGCAUAUUACAAGCGUGCAAGCUUCUCGACUUGCUCAUCUGCGUCGCCCCAGACGACUUUCAACUUCACGAGUGGCUCUUCAUCACCGACACCAUAGAAGCAGUCUACCGCUCGUCCACAUACCAGCCCAUAGCGCUUGUGGACGAGCUCUCUGAAGAAUUGGGUAGUUUCAGCACCCACGGUGCAUUACAACCAGAUACGGAGGCGCACGUGGCCGCGAGCGGCCCUCAUAGACGGCCGCUACUUGGGCCAGGCGGUAUCAACGAUGAUGUUAGCUUGGAGAGAAAGGAUGAACUAGUGGCCAAGAUUUUACGCCCCUUCUUUGGGCAACUGAGCAUCUAUGCGUUUGAGUCUACGUAUGCCAUGGGAGCGCUGGAUAGAGAGGCUUGUAUCGAGGCGUUGUUGAAGGAUCUUUUUGACGAGAGGACCAUGGUGAGGGCGCUGUGA